AUGUUAGCGGCAGUUUUGAGAAAGCCAGUGGGGCCAGUCAUUCGACAGGCUUCAGGCCCGGUCCCUGUCCGGCUGGUGAACGGGAACAACAUGUGCUCUGGGAGAGUCGAGGUCUAUCAUAACUCUGACUGGGGCACCGUCUGUGGCAGGAGCUGGAACAGGAGUGAGGCGGACGUGGUCUGCAGGGUUUUGAACUGUGGGACGUCUGAGUCGGUAACAACAGAUGCCUCCUACGGAGAGGGCACUGGGAAGAUCUGGCUGGAUGGGGUGAAGUGUAACGGGACAGAGCCUGCUCUCGACCAGUGCGCUGCCAGACCAUGGGGGGUGAAUAACUGCUCCCACGCAGAGGACGCUGGAGUCUCCUGCACAGGUCCAGUCCCCGUCCGGCUAGUGAACGGGAACAACAUGUGCUCUGGGAGAGUCGAGGUCUAUCAUAACUCUGCCUGGGGCACCGUCUGUGGCAGGAGCUGGAACAGGAGUGAGGCGGACGUGGUCUGCAGGGUAUUGAACUGUGGGACGUCUGAGUCGGUAACAACAGAUGCCUCCUACGGAGAGGGCACUGGGAAGAUCUGGCUGGAUGGGGUGAAGUGUAAUGGGACAGAACCUGCUCUCGACCAGUGCCCUGCCAGCCCAUGGGGGGUGAAUAACUGCUCCCACGAAGAGGACGCUGGAGUCUCCUGCACAGGCCCGGUCCCUGUCCGGCUGGUGAACGGGAACAACAUGUGCUCUGGGAGAGUCGAGGUCUAUCAUAACUCUGCCUGGGGCACCGUCUGUGGCAGGAGCUGGAAUACGAUUGCGGCGGACGUGGUCUGCAGGGUGUUGAACUGUGGAAGGUUCCAGUUCAUAACUAGAAAUGCCUCCUACGGAGAGGGCACUGGGAAGAUCUGGCUGGAUGGGGUGAAGUGUAACGGGACAGAACCUGCUCUCGACCAGUGCGCUGCCAGCCCAUGGGGGGUCAAUAACUGCUCCCACGCAGAGGACGCUGGAGUCUCCUGCACAGGUCCGGUCCCCGUCCGGCUGGUGAACGGGAACAACAUGUGCUCUGGGAGAGUCGAGGUCUAUCAUAACUCUGCCUGGGGCACCGUCUGUGGCAGGAGCUGGAAUAGGAGUGAGGCGGACGUGGUCUGCAGGGUGUUGAACUGUGGAACGUCUGAGUCGGUAACAACAGAUGCCUCCUACGGAGAGGGCACUGGGAAGAUCUGGCUGGAUGGGGUGAAGUGUAACGGGACAGAGCCUGCUCUCGACCAGUGCGCUGCCAGACCAUGGGGGGUGAAUGACUGCUCCCACGCAGAGGACGCUGGAGUCUCCUGCACAGGUCAGAUCAGGAACCACUACCAGAAAACCUGCCUGAGCGAUCAAGACCUCCAGAAAAUUCGAAUUGCCGGAGAGGUUGAAUUUACCCUGAUUGGCAGCGAACUUUGUCCAGCCGAUCAGGCAGUCACAAAAGCUUUGGAAAAGCUGAUCGAGACGCUGCUCUUCUCCUUCCCAGGAAACAAAGUCCUGGACGUCCGCAUCAGUCCACAGCGGAACAAUCAGAAGGGUACGAGCUGA